AAAAUGUGAGACGGUCCGCUGCCGCUGGAAGGAAGGAGGGCAGCCGCGCCUGUGUGCGUGCAAGAGCAGACUGACCCCUCGGCGGUGGACCCCCGGCGGCCGAUCGAGAGCCACAAUGGACGACAAUAUGGACACAAAAUCCAUUCUAGAAGAACUUCUUCUCAAAAGGUCACAGCAAAAAAAGAAAAUGUCGCCAAGUAAUUACAAAGAGAGGCUUUUUGUUUUAACCAAAACAAAUCUCUCCUACUAUGAAUAUGACAAAAUGAAAAGAGGCAGCAAAAAAGGAUCAAUUGAGAUUAAGAAAAUCAGAUGUGUGGAGAAAGUAAAUCUCGAGGAGCAGACCCCUGUGGAGAGACAGUACCCAUUUCAGAUUGUCUAUAAAGAUGGGCUUCUCUAUGUCUAUGCAUCAAACGAAGAAAGCCGAAGCCAGUGGUUGAAAGCAUUACAGAAAGAGAUAAGGGGUAACCCCCACCUGCUGAUCAAGUACCACAGUGGGUUCUUCGUGGAUGGAAAGUUCCUGUGCUGCCAGCAGAGUUGCAAAGCGGCCCCAGGAUGUACUCUCUGGGAAGCAUACGCUGAUCUGCACAUUACAACUCACGAAGAGAAACACAGAGUUCCCAUCUUCCCAGACAGAGUGCUGAAGAUUCCUCGAGCAGUUCCUAUUUUCAAAAUGAAUGAACCAUCUUCGAGCACCACCGUGGCCCCGUAUGACAGCGACUCAAAGAAAAACUACGGCUCCCAGCUAAAUGCCAACAUGCAGCAUUUUCCAAGAGAAGACUGCCCUGACUGGUGGCAAGUAGGAAAACCGAAAAGCAGUGACGAUUUCGGGGGCAGUAACCAGAGGGAAAGGACUGGUGUCAAUCACAGCACCUCAAAGAUGUCAUGGGGAUUUCCUGAGUCCAGUUCAUCUGAAGAAGAGGAAAACCUGGAAGACUAUGACUGGUUUGCAGGUAACAUCUCCAGGUCACAGUCUGAGCAGUUACUGAGACAAAAGGGAAAAGAAGGUGCGUUUAUGGUCCGAAAUUCCCGCCAGGUGGGAAUGUACACAGUGUCUUUAUUUAGCAAGGCUAUGAAUGAUAAAAAAGGAACUGUCAAGCAUUACCAUGUGCAUACGAAUGCCGAGAACAAAUUGUACCUGGCGGAAAACUACUGUUUUGAUUCUAUUCCCAAGCUUAUUCACUAUCAUCAACACAAUUCAGCAGGCAUGAUCACACGACUCCGCCACCCUGUGUCGACCAAGGCCAACAAGGUUCCCACCUCCGUGUCCUUGGGAAAUGGAAUAUGGGAACUGAAGAGAGAAGAGAUUACCCUCCUGAAGGAGCUGGGGAGUGGUCAGUUUGGAGUAGUCCACCUGGGCAAGUGGAAGGGCCAGUAUGAUGUUGCCAUUAAGAUGAUCAAGGAGGGCUCCAUGUCCGAAGAUGAAUUCUUCCAGGAGGCUCAGACCAUGAUGAAACUCAGCCAUCCGAAGCUGGUGAAAUUCUAUGGGGUGUGCUCCAAGAGAUACCCCAUAUACAUCGUGACCGAGUAUAUCACCAAUGGCUGCUUGCUGAAUUACCUGAAGAGUCACGGGAAGGGACUGGAGGCGUCCCAGCUCUUGGAAAUGUGCUACGACGUGUGUGAAGGCAUGGCCUUCCUGGAGAGCCACCAGUUCAUACACAGGGACCUGGCGGCUCGGAACUGCUUGGUAGACAGCGACCUCUCGGUGAAAGUGUCGGACUUCGGAAUGACCAGGUAUGUUCUCGAUGACCAGUACGUCAGCUCAGUAGGAACAAAGUUCCCGGUCAAGUGGUCAGCCCCAGAGGUGUUCCACUACUUCAAAUACAGCAGCAAGUCAGACGUUUGGGCAUUCGGGAUCCUGAUGUGGGAAGUGUUCAGCCUGGGGAAGCAGCCCUACGACCUGUACGACAACUCGCAGGUGGUUGUGAAGGUCUCCCAGGGCCACCGGCUCUACCGGCCCCAACUGGCGUCGGACACCGUCUACCAGAUCAUGUACGGCUGCUGGCACGAGCUUCCAGAAAAGCGUCCCACAUUUCAGCAACUCCUGUCUUCCAUUGAACCACUUCGGGAAAAAGACAAGCCUUGAAGAAGAAAUGAGGAGAUCUGAUGAGAAGGACCGUCAAUGCUGGCCAACAUUUUCAUUCCUUUUAAGGAAAGUAGCAAGGCGCAAACCAUGUAAUUUAGCUAAUCGCAUUCUGUAUACUGUUUGCCUCUUGUAUUAUCUCAAAAUGAACAAGGUAAGAAACAAAAGAUUUCCUUGACAUUUAAGUCAAAUUAGUAGUUUUGUGUAUGCUGCUCUUUAUAUUAUUAUACUUCCCAGCCUACAGCAGAAGCACAUUUUCUGAUUGUGGUAGACAGAGUGUGUACCAUGUGUAAAGAUUGAACAGAAUUGAAAAAUUCUUUGUUGGAUAUUUGUUCUUUUCCUUAUAUCAUCACUAUCACGAUAAUUAAAUACGUUG